AGCAGAAAGAAUCAGAAGGAGCACAAAGGUAAAGUAGGAGAAGGAGCAGAAAGAAACAGGAAGCAACAGCAAGGAGCAGAAAGGGCAGCAAGGAGCAGAAAGGGGCAGCAAGGACCUGGAAGGGGCAGCAAGAAGCAGAAGGAGCACAACGGUAAAGGAGGAGAUGGUGCAGGAAGGGACAGCAAGGAGCUGGAAAGGGACAGCAAGGAGCUGGAAAGGGCAGCAAGGAGCAGGAAGGGACAGAAGGAGCACAAAGGUAAAGUAGGAAAAGGAGCAGAAAGGAAAAGGAACAGAAAUGAGCAGGAAAGGACAUCAAGAGAAGAAAGGAGAAGGAACAGAAAUGAGCAGGAGGACAUCAAGGAGCAGAAAGGGUCAGCAAUGACCUGGAAGGGGCAGAAGGAGCACAAAAGGUAA